CCUACCCACUUUUGAUAACUUCAUUGUACGCAACAUGGGUCUACUGACAGGGAAGGCAUGAAUGGCGAUUCAUGCAUUAGUGUAGAAUGCCAAAGGCAGAGUACCUAUAUAAGACGAGCAUGUGGUGAGAUACAGAUAUAGGCGUGGUACGUCGCCGUGUUUGCAACAUGUCAUCUGAACCCACUGAGCAGGAGAUCUAUCAUGCGGACCGAGAUGCACCUAAGCGAGUCUCCAGGUUCACGCGAUGGUAUAGAAGCCCGUUAUUCAAUGUCAUCGUUGUGGGUAUGAUCAGCUUUACACAACCGGGUAUAUGGAACGCUCUCAACAACGUUGGUGCAGGUGGUCAGCAAGAGCCGUAUCUGGUUAAUGGUGCCAAUUCUCUGACAUUCGGGAUAAUGGUCUUUGGUUGCUCUCUCUUCGCCAUACUUGCCAACAAGUUCGGCUUGAAGAAUAUACUUCUUCUGGGGACUCUCGGGUACGCACCCUACUCUGCGUCGCUAUACGUGAACAACCGCUACGGAGUGGAAUGGUUCGUGCUGCUUGGUGGUGCAACAUGCGGCAUCGCAGCAUCCGCACUCUGGGCUUCGGAGGGCGCUAUCGCGCUAGGUUACGCCGACGUACACAACCGAGGGAAGUUCACCGGCAUCUGGCUGGGCUUGCGAGAGCUCGGCCAGCUCAUCGGUUCCUCGAUACAGCUCUCUCUCAAUUAUAAGAGUGGACAGCGUGGAAAAGUAGGGUACACGACCUACAUUGUCUUGAUUGCACUCCAAUGUCUCGGCCUUCCACUAGCCCUCCUUGUGUCGCCACCUCAUAAAGUUUAUCAUCGCGACGGUCGCAAAGUCCCGGACCCGACGAAGAACAAAGCUGUUCUGAAAGAGGUGCAAAGAUGGUGGGCAUUACUUCGUGAUAGGCGUUUCUUCUUACUUGUACCUGUCAUGAUCGGAUUCAACUGGAACAACACGUACCAAGGCAUCUAUCUUACCAAGUACUUCUCAGUCCGUGCGAGGACGUUAGGAUCCUUGACUUCCGGUGUUGCAGCGACAUUCGCCAACAUCUUCUGGGGCUGGUUCUACGAUACCAAGUUCGUAAGCCGACCGACGCUCGCGAAGGUUACGUGGGGCAUCUUCUCAUUGCUCAUGCUGGGCCUAUUUGGCUGGCAAGUCGCCAAUGAGAAAAUGUAUGCCGGCUCAAAAGUGACACUCGACUGGGAUCUCCCAGGCUUUGGACGUGGGUUCGCUGUCAAUGUACUCUUUCGCUUUAUGAAUGAGUCCCAUUACAUGUUCGUCUAUUGGAUUCUGGGAGCUUUCUUCGACGACAUUGAAACUCUAACUCUUGCGGUCGGCUUGUUACGCUCAUUCGAGUCGGUUGGAUCCUGCUUGGCUUUUGGUAUCGGGGCCGCUAAGAUCGAGCCCAUGGCAAAUCUCAUCGUUGCUUUCGUGAUGUUCGCCAUCACGAUCCCAUCGACGUUUGCAGCGACGUUUCUUGUUCCUGAGAGACCCAUAGAUGAACGUAUGAGCGACCAUGGCCUCGUGGAGGCGGCAGAUAGUCGGUUUGCUGAUGAAGCGGUGAUAGACGUAGCAAAGAAAGACAACGCGUAG